AUGACAGGUAAGCUCACAAGAUGACUGAUGGGAGAUCCGGGACUUCAGAAAGGCGCCAUGUUUAUGGCAGGGCUGACUCUGUUGCAGUCUCUCCGUGUGGCUUUAACUGGAGCAAAGUUUGCACUUGAUAGAUUUAAAAUUCCUCAGCAGUAUGCCAGUUCGUUCAUUAACAUGGUCCAUAAUCCUAUGGAACUGGCAACGUUUACUGGGAUGGGUAUUAUGACCAGUCUGUCAUUUAUUGAUAACCUUAAGGACUGUUUCAGGUACUUUGCCAUAUUUACGAAUGUGACACUAUGUCUUUCCUUCAUUCUACUCCUCAUCGCAUUUAGAUCAGGAGGUCAAAUUGGAGAUCUUACCUUCUACUAUUGGACUAUUGUCUUUGUCUCAUUUAUCUAUGGAAUGAAUGUGGCAUGUGUAAUGAACGUUGGCAGUGCAAAUGCCGCCUUUUUCAAUGUGGGAAUCCCCCUUUCUGGUAUCCAAGUUUGCAUUUACUACUAUGUUUUUAAUAAGCUUGCUGAGAGGUAUAACUGGUCAAACGUUAGUUACUGGAUUAUAUUCUGGCAACUCAUAAUAGCAAUACUGAUUUCGGCUGCCUCUGCAAUAGUGUGGUCGGUUGCCUAUGGUACUUCUGAUAAUGGUGGUGGAGGCAGUGGAGCUGCUGGUCUAAAUGAAGCUCACAAGGCAAUUUCUCCAAUUCUUAUGGGAAUAGUUGGAAUGGGUGGUAUCUAUGCCUUCUAUCCUGCUAUUGCUCCUUACAAAUUGACAGAUGUUGGCACUGGUUACAAAAUUGAUCUUGUUGUUUUAUUUGUUAGCGCAGUGCCAGGCAUUAUUAUUGCAGCUUUAUGCGAAAAAGGUCAUGGUCCAAAUACUGAUUGGGCUGGUGAUGCAGCAUGGCAUGCUACUUGGAUUCUGGCAAUUCCACAUAUUACCGCAAUGGUAUUGUGCUUUGUUACACUUCAUUACCCUGGUAGUGGGCUAGAAAGUUCAAUUAAGAGCAGUGGAGCAUUUGUUGGACUCAUUACCAUUACGUUAAAGUUUUGUGAAGAAUGGCUAAAGGCUAUUUCUUACGCUGCAGCCGGUAAACAGAAUGGGGUGGCGCUAUAUCUUCUUUUAAUACAUUCACUUCACAAGGUUUAAUGAUUCUUUUGGCCUUUACUGGAGACGGCUACCUGAAGACUUAUUCCAAAUAUGAACAUGAUCGGAGUAAGUGGCCUACUAAGGAUUUUGGGUUCUUUAA